CCUCUCUCUCUCUCUCUCUUCCAGCUGUUACUAUAGUAACCACCAGUCAUGGGGAAGCAGAACAGCAAACUCCGCCCUGAGGUGAUGCAGGAUCUGCUGGAGAGCACGGACUUCACAGAGCAUGAGAUCCAGGAGUGGUACAAGGGCUUCCUGAGAGACUGCCCCAGCGGGAACCUCUCCAUGGAGGAGUUUAAGAAGAUCUACGGUAACUUCUUCCCUUACGGAGACGCCUCCAAGUUCGCAGAGCACGUCUUCCGCACCUUCGACGCAAACGGGGACGGCACCAUAGACUUCCGGGAGUUCAUCAUCGCUCUGAGCGUCACGUCGCGGGGCAAGCUGGAGCAGAAACUGAAGUGGGCCUUCAGCAUGUACGACCUGGACGGGAACGGAUACAUCAGCAAGUCUGAGAUGCUGGAGAUCGUACAGGUGAGGCGGGAACAGAGAGCUGGGAUUUGUAGUUCUGGUGUGAGUUAUAGGUCUGAGAUGAUACAGGUACUGUGGGAUGCAGUUCUGACUGGACAGGAACAGACACAUGAGGGUCUGAGGUCUGAGUUGGUGGAGAUGAGACAGGAACAGACACAUGAGGUCUGA